AGACGGCACAGCAAAUGUAAACCGCGGAGAGCAGAGUUUACACGUUUCGCGAUUUGUGUACGAUACGCAUACCUAUCUCGCACGCACACUUACGCGUAUAUACGUAAACGCGUACAUGCGUAUGUUGUGAAAUAAUCAGCUGGAGACUGGAGUCUGCACUUUUUUGUCUGUUUAUUAUCUAGCGAUUAACCCUCGGACUUCGGAGCCCUUGCGGGUGCUACAUUGGUGCGUGUGCAAUUCUGUCCCCAGAGAGAUAUGGCCGACGUUGCGAUUGACGUUAGCGGAGAGAUCGAGGACUCUUACAAAGCCAACGAGUCCGCUGGCGGUUUUACACACAAUGGAUCCGAGAUACCGAGGUUUCCACCCUUGCCGCUGGACCACGCGGGAUACGUCAAAGCUCAGGAAUGGUUCCAGCACAAGAGGGCACAGAUCAGACCCUGGACUCUGUUCGUCAACACUAACAACGUCCGGCUGCCACCCAGCAUACCACGUCUGUCCAAGAGAGUGAUGAAGAACAUCGAGUACUUCCAGAGCAAUUAUUUCUUCAUCUUCAUCGGUCUCUUUGUCUAUUGCCUUAUUACUUCUCCACUGUUGUUGUUGGCACUUACUUUAUUAUUAGGAAGUUGUUACAAAGUAUCACAAAUACACGCCAGAAAGGAAUUGAUUUUAUUGAACAUUAGAUUGACGCUUGCGCAAGUCUACGCCGGUAUAGGAAUCGCAUCUCUACCAAUAUUCUACUUAGUUGGAGCUCCUGCUGCGCUGUUCUGGGUCUUAGGAGUGUCAUGUUUUUUGAUAACUCUGCACGCAGCCUUCUACAACAUUGACUCGGUGCUCUGUCCAGGUGAAGACGAGCUCAAUUUGGUAAUGCACGAGCAAGUAUAGCAAAGGACUUCGAAUAUUGUUCUUCCAAAAUAAUGACUGACAAGUAUAAACUAAUUGGUUAAAUAUUAUCAAUUGUACAAAGUAUAUAAUACCAUUUUUUUUAUGCAAAUGAUAUUGCUCUUUCUGUAUUUUUUU